CAAUGUUGCUCAUAAUGUGACACACAGAUGCGAUCAGGAGAUGGAGACAGAUUUGCAAUCAGCGUUUUGCACUGCAUGAAAAGAUAUGCAGCUUGAGAUACGCCGCGGCUUCUCAUCUCCUUGUCAGCACAGCACACUAUAAUUCUUUUAAGAUGUGUGGAAGAUGAGCAUUGCCCUUGAGAACGAGUACGUUCACUCGGUGUACUCACGUCUUGCUGCAUAUCAAAAAAAGGACCACCGCCCUUCUUCUCCGAGAGUUUGGCCAAAAGUGCGUGGCUUUCUAGAAUCUCAAGCGUAUGGAAGUAUUGUCAUUGAUGUCGGUUGUGGCGAAGCAAAGUACACCUCCCCUAAAACAGUUGUGCUUGGAAUAGACACAUGCGCCGACGCGCUCAUAGGAAGACGCAAAAAUGGGGCUGAAAGCCUCGAUCUUCUUCUUGGUGACGCAUUAGCGCUUCCCUUCAGAGAUGAUACAGCCGACGCAAUAUUGAACGUCUCUGUUCUACACCAUUUAUCUACUAUGGAACGAAGGAAGAUGGCGCUUGAAGAAUGCUGCCGAUGUUUGCGGCCGGGUGGUCAAAUGCUCACCUAUGUUUGGGCUUACGAACAACCUAACGGUACAUUUCCAUCGCAAGAUCUUCUUGUGCCUUGGAACCUGAGCGAGAUACCUCUCAAUGGAAGAUUGCCUCAAACAAAAUUCCACAAAAACUCAACGAAGGAACAACGGGUUAUAAAAGCCUCGAUCCCAAUCACAGUCGCUGAAAAGGAACCAACGCUCUGUUCCACCUCAUGGUUUGAGUCGCUUUUGCAUAAGGUACAAUCUAUACGGCCUUCAUUACCCUUCGUGAUAACGACUGAAAGCCAUCACGUAUCUCCACCUCCACCAGCAGCGCCUAAAUUUUUCCCCAGUGCCAAACAUUCUCUUGUUUCUGGUGUAAAGCGAUGGAGCCCAAUGCUCGGUCGUCGAUUAGCUACGUUACUCAUUCCUGUCGAAGAGCAAUUAGCAGAGGAAAUGGCCCAGAACAUUCUUCGCGAAGCUCUGACAGAGACUAUGGCUUCCCUCAGAGAGGUUACAUUCUAUCGAUUCUAUCACGUCUUUCGCAAAGGGGAGCUGGAAAAUCUCAUCAAUUCGGUUCCUUCGCUGUUUGUUGUUCGAUCAACUUUUGAACACGCUUUGACUUUUGAUGGAAUUGACACAAGAACCUGGGACAUCGACAAAACAUGGGUGCAUUUGCAUUACGCUCGUAUGAUGAUCACAGCGCCAUUCUUUAGUGGAGCAGUCGUUUACAAUCCUGAAGAUUCUGAAAUGACUUAUGAAGCCCUAGUUUUGGGACUUGGUGGUGGAGUAAUCAACAGCUUUCUCAGCGAUAUUCGUGUCACUAGCGUAGACAACGAUCCAGUGAUGAUAUCAAUUGCGAAAAAGUGGUAUCAGCUCAAGGAGUCUCCCCGUCAUAAAGUCGUAAUUGAUGAUGCGAUACAUUUUGUCCAGGAUGAAGCAUCUAAAGGCUCGAAGUACGACGUAAUUCUUGUGGAUGUCUGCUACAAUAAGCUAAGAAGCGUGUUAUGCCCAAUCGACGAAUUUCUUAACGAUACUGUCAUUAAGCAAAUGAGCGCCAUCUUGAAAGACCAUGGAGCUAUAGUUGUCAAUGUCAUUCCAAGCCGUGGCACUUCUGCAUACGACGAGAUCAAGCAUACUUAUUCUCGGCAUCUUCCUUCUUGCUACCUAAUGAAAAUUAGCGGUUCGCAGAUUCUUAUUUGUUCUAAAAUCGAAAACAACGCCUGGGAUACUAAUCGAAAGAAAAUUGCGGAAGUUUUUGAGAUAGUAGACAAUGACUUCGUUUUUUCUAUAGCACAGUAUGCUAUAGCAAUGACAGACAACUCUACAAUUAGUGAUCAACUGAAUUAG